AUGGCUGAACACAAGGAGAUUUCUUCAGAGGAGGAUGAAGAGUGUGGGGAAAGAAGGAGGGGACUUGAGUUUAUCUUUGGGAACGUUGAUAACUCUGGUGGCUUGGAUGCUGAUUACCUUAAUGAGGAGGCUAAAGAACAUCUUUCUGCAUUGGCUUCGUCUCUGCCAGACAUAAUGCUGAUGGCAAGUUUAGACUGUGCAACAAGUGAUCUAGCUGAUCAAGAUUACAACGAAAAAGCUGCGGACGCUGUUGAUUAUGGGGAUAUUGAUGAAGAGUAUGUCGGGCCUGAGGUUGAAGUAGUUACUGAGGAAGAUCAUCUACUGCCAAGAAGAGAAUAUUUUGCGUCUGCAGCUGCCUCGGGUAGUUUAUAUUCCAAAGCUUCUGUGUUUGAUGAUGAUGAUUAUGAUGAGGAAGAAGAACAAAAGGAGGAGCACAUGCCAUUUGAAGAAGCUUUUGAUUCUGAAGAGAGUGAAUCAGUUGACUUAAAGGAGGACAAGGCUUUGGAUAAUGAAGAGGCGGCUGCCAUCUUGGGAAAUGAGGAACGGAUGGACACAAAUGAGAAAAGCGCAACGUCACUGCCUACUCUGUAUGUGGAAGAUGGUAUGGUUGUCUUACAAUUCUCUGAGAUAUUUGCUAUUCAGAAGCCACCACAGAAACGGGCCAAGAGAGAAAAGAGAUAUGUCACUUAUAGAGAUAGAUACAAAUCCAUGAAGCUUGUUGAAGAUGAUGAGCGGUUACUUCUUAAGAGCCAUGGUAGGAUCGACCCUCAUGUGAAACAAGCUGAACUGAUUCAGCUGGAUGUUCCGUUACCAAUCAGAGGGGAUUUACAGCUGGUAAAUGCUGACACAUUCGGAAGCAUCAUACCAGAAUCGAGAGGAUCUACAAAGCUAGGACGGGAUUCAUGCACCAUGGGUGAACUGUUGAAGGAAGACUUAGACGACGAUAAAUCAUCUUUGUGCCAGUCUCAAUUAUCAACGGAAGUUUUUCCUCUUGACCAGCAUGAGUGGGAGAAUCGAAUUAUUUGGGAAAACUCUUCUGAAGUUAGUGGUAGUUCUUUUGAAAGCGUUGAAUCUGGAAUUGAGUCAGAAAGCCUGCUGAUUCAAGGAACAAGUUCAGAGAUUGAACAAGAAAGCUUAAACGUGGUGAAUUCUAGAGAGCAGGCUCAAGCCGAAAAUAAUAAGCAUGUGUCUUUUUGUGUCAGUCCCUUGGAGUUUCUUGGCUCGAGAGAUUCCCACAAUACUAUUAAGUCCACUAACAAAAGUAGACGUCAUCCGCAACUUCUUAGGUUAGAAUCUCAGUGGGAUGAUCAUCUUAGUAAAAAUGACGGCGCUGGAGGGAAGAAUUUAAAGCAGCUUAAAAGUGACGCUCUUGGACGCUUUAGCAGACUUGCUUUGCAAGAUAGGGAUAUUGGGGAUGAAGCAUGGCUAGAUAGCAUAAUAUGGGAGUCAGAUAAAGAGUUGAGCAGGUCUAAACUAAUAUUUGACCUUCAAGAUGAGCGAAUGGUCUUUGAAAUCCCGGAAAACCAGGAAAGCAAAGAUCUCCAACUUCAUGCUGGAUCUGUGAUUCUAUCCCGGUCUUCAAAGCCCAAGGAUGAAAGCUUUCAAGAAGGCUGUGGAUCAAAUUAUGGGUGCCAGUUCAAUAUUUCUAAUGACAAAUUCUAUAUGAAUGGGAAAAGCUGUCAGCAACUCCAAGCAAAUGCUAAUCAAUUCGGCGUACACAGCUUGAGAGUUCUUCAUUCAGCACCAGCGAUUAAAUUGCAGACAAUGAAGAACAAAUUGAGCAAUAAAGACAUCGCAAAUUUUCACCGGCCCAAAGCUUUAUGGUGUCCACAUGACAAUGAGCUAGCCAUCAAGCAACAAGAAAAGUUACCAACUCAAGGAUCCAUGAGAAUUGUAGUUAAGAGUCUGGGGGGUAAAGGAUUUAAGCUACACGUUGGAACAGAGGAAUCUGUCUCUUCUUUGAAGAACAAGGCUUCUAGGAAGCUAGAUUUUAAGGAAACUGAAGCAGUAAAGAUGUUUUGUAUGGGAAAGGAACUUGAGGAUGAAAAGUCUCUUGCUGAACAAAAUGUUCAUCCAAAUUCUUUGGUCCAUAUUAUACGCACCAAGGUACAUCUGCUGCCAUGGGCACAAAAGCUUCCUGGCGAACAUAAAUCUUUGAGACCACCUGGAGCAUUCAAGAAGAAAUCAGACCUAUCUACUAAAGAUGGCCAUGUUUUCUUAAUGGAGUAUUGUGAAGAGAGGCCAUUGAUGCUCAGCAAUGCAGGAAUGGGUGCAAAUUUGUGCACGUAUUAUCAGAAGUCAUGCCCAAAGGAUCAACAGGGGAACUUGCUGCUUAAGAAAAAUGAUACCGUAGAGAAUGUGAUGAUUCUAGAACCUGGGGAGAAAUCUCCUUUCCUUGGGGAAAUACAGGGUGGCUGCAGUCAGUCAUCAAUUGAAACAAACAUGUACAAAGCACCUGUUUUUCCUCAUAAGUUGCAAUCAACGGACUAUCUUUUGGUCCGGUCUUCUAGAGGAAAGCUCUCUCUAAGGCGUAUUGACAAGAUAUUUGCUGUUGGACAACAGGAACCUCGAAUGGAAGUAAUGUCUCCUGCAUCGAAGACUCUACAGAUAUAUUUGGCGAACAGGAUGUUGGUCUAUGUGGACCGAGAAUUUAAGCAUCGCCACCGUAUUCCUGCAGAUGAGCUGUCAAUCUUAUUUUCUAACUUAUCGGAGGCAGUUGUCAAGAAGAACAUGAGACUUCAUGGUAUUUUUCUAGAGAGGGACAAAAAUGGCCAAAUUUUCUGGUCCAAGAAACAUAGGUUUGACAAGACUCCACAUGAGAAUGAGUUGAAAAAUCUUGUGGCGCCAGAGGAUGUGUGUUCCUAUGAGAGUAUGCUAGCUGGGCUGUACCGUCUCAAACAUGUAGGGAUCACACAGUUUACAUUGCCUACCAGCAUAUCAGCUGCAUUGGCGCAGCUUCCAGAUGAAGCCGUUGCCCUUGCCGCUGCUUCACAUGUUGAGAGGGAGUUGCAGAUUACUCCAUGGAAUCUGAGCAGUAACUUUGUCGCUUGUACAGCUCAGGACAGAGCAAACAUAGAGCGUUUGGAAAUUACUGGAGUUGGCGAUCCCUCUGGACGGGGUCUAGGAUUCAGCUACGUCCGAGCUGCGCCAAAAGUACCAGCUGCAGCUGGACGUACGAAGAAAAAGGAAGCAGCGAGCGGAGCCCCAACUGUAACUGGUACAGAUGCUGAUCUUCGCAGAUUAAGCAGGGAAGCAGCUCGAGAGAUUCUUCUCAAGUUCAAUGUUCCUGAUGAGGUAAUGGCCAAGCAAAAUCGAUGGCACCUGAUAGCUAUGAUACGCAAGCUAUCGAGUGAGCAGGCUGCAUCUGGUGUACUUAAGGUUGACUCUAAUACAAUAGGUAAGUAUGCCCGUGGCCAGAGAAUGUCUUUCCUACAGUUACAACAGCAGGCCCGGGAAAAGUGCCAGGAGAUUUGGGAUAGGCAACUUCUGUCCCUUUCAUCAUGUGAUGACGAUGAGUCUGAGAGUGAAAAUGACAUGGACUCCUUUGUUGGAGAUCUGGAAAAUCUACUUGAUGCUGAGGAGUGGGAAGAAUCUAAUACGUCUAAAAAUGACAAGUUGGAUGGAGUCAAGGGGCUCAAGAUGAGACGGCGACCCAAUCAAGUUAUGACAGACGAAGAGGUUGAAGAUGAAGCUGCUGAAUAUGCCGAGUUACGCCGAUUGCUGAUGAAAGAUGAGGAAAAGAAGAACAUGAAUGCUCAAUUUGUCAGAAAGGACAGUGUCAGUGCCAAGAAGCAUAUUGCCACCCGGCCAGAUGCCUCUUUCUUAGUGUCUAGGAGCACCUUCAAAGACACAACAAACGUCAGUGUAUUCAAAGACAGAAAACCAGUGAGAGAGAACUUCUUCUGUGGAGCCUGUGGUCAGCCUGGACACAUGAAAACCAAUAAACACUGCCCAAAAUACAGAGCAACUACAGAAUCACUUCCCGAAGGUAUAUAUGUGAAGAAGUCUGCUGGGACACCGAGCUGUUCAGGUCUAUCAGGGCAGGUCAAGCUGGAACCUAUCAAAAACAAGAAGACUGCGCCAAAAAGUCCGACAAAGGUUUCUGUAGAUGAAGCCCCGAAGGGAGAUAAUUCAACUUCCAAAACCGGAGGUGGUCUUACUCUGAGGUUUAAAUGUGCUGGAGAGAUGUUAGAUAAACCCGGUUCUGAAACCCCAAGACGUACUAUGGAAGAACCUGAGAGAGGGGAGAGCAAGUCUCACAAGCCUUCUGUGUCUGGACAAUUAUUGUCUAGUACAGAGAGAAAUCAGGCUGCAUCAAGCAGACUUGCUAUUUCAAUUACGCAGCCAUCAUUUCGCGUGGAUAAAAAAGUCGUGUUUUUGCCGCCGAAUGAAAGAGAACAGCCUCAGAAGAAACUUGUUAUAAAACGUUCGAAAGUGCUAACUGAUCAUGACCGGACUAGUCGUGAAAUGAGUUCACAGUUUGAGUCCAGGAAGACAAUGAGAAUAGCAGAACCAGAAGGUUUUAAGAGGAAGCAGAGAUUUAUAUUUUCAGAGAACUCACUAGACCGGGGACUAAAAGAGGAUAGAGUAUGGCAAGAGGAACGGGAGAUACGUACGGAAAGGCACAGGGAAGCAAGGUUGAGAAGCCAGUAUGUCUCUGACUUUGAAAGGAACGUGGAAGAGUACGCACCUCAACCAAAACGACGCAAAAAGGGAGAGGUUGGCCUAGCAAACAUCUUGGAAGUCAUAGUGGACACACUAAAAGCCAAAGAAGUAAACGUGUCGUACCUCUUCUUGAAACCUGUUUCAAAGAAGGAGGCUCCGGACUAUCUUGACGUUGUGGAACGGCCCAUGGAUCUCUCGACAAUCAGGGACAAGGUACGGAGGAUGGAGUACAGAGACCGAAAGCAGUUUAGACAUGAUGUGUGGCAGAUCAGGUACAAUGCUCAUCUUUACAACGACGGGCGUAACCCGAUGAUACCGCCCUUGGCAGAUGAGUUGCUGGUGAAAUGUGAUGGCUUGUUGGAUAGGUAUAGAGAUGAGUUAACAGAAGCAGAGAAAGUGAGGUUAUGGAAGAAACUAGAAAAGGCAGUGUAA